CGGCCACGCAGUCUCUGCCUUCGUUCGCACAGACCUUUGGAACGCCCUCCUUGAAUCGACUUCCAGAGAUGAACAACUCACUUCCUCCUAUCCACCAUCGCGCAACUCCCGAUCAGUCUUCCCAGGUCACGCAGCCGCACCCCUCGAGCCAGGAGCCGGCGAAAUCCCCCAGCAACAAGAAGCGUUUGCAUUCGGAGGCCAUGGCAGCAGAAAAGGCAGGAGAGAUGUCGAGGUCAGAUCGCCGAUCUCCGCGGCCGGUCGUGAGAGUAAAACAAGAAACAGAGAAUGAGUUUAUCCCCUCUCCGCCUGUAGUAGGCCCGGCUUCGCAGCAGAGACAGCUUAGGGAAGAGGUCGACGCCCCGCCUUCUUCCUCCGUGUCGUCUCCCAACCCGUCCAAGAAGCGGCGAGUCACGAUUAGUGGCAUAAAUACGGACGUUAGACAACCCUCUAUCGACAGCGGUAUCUCUCCGGUGGUUAUGGGCUUCACGAUUCGCGGUGACGAUCCAAAAGAAUUGGAGCAAGUCAAGUCUAUGAUAAGUUUGAAGCAGCAGCAACAGGCAUUAAUCGAGCAGAGGAGAGGCAGCACGGCUGGCAUAGCGCCACCAACGGCAGCCCCUGAAGUAAAUGUCGUCAACGCUCUCACACCUGACGAACGUUCGUCAUCAUCUGCCAAGACAGGUCCUUCGAGAGUUGGUAGACGUAGUCCUAACACUGCUGCUCCCGCGAUCUCAGGCGGGCCACGACGAUCGAUUGUCGCUGGCUCUUCAGGUGCUCCUGUGCAAACAAUGUCUUCGUCGUCCCGCCAACCGACUCCCCCACCUCCAAGUUCUGCCGCGACUGGAACUGCUCACAGAUCUCAAGUGCAGAAUCACCCGCCUCCGCGGCCGGCAACGGACUCCCCACCUACACAGACACAUCUGCACCCUUCCCAGGCCUCAACCUCGAGCAAUCCGGCCGGUGCAAGCCAUGCUCUCCCAGCCCCGCCAAUCAGCUUUGCCCGUCGGCGCGCCAGCCGCCAGCUCAUGGCAGGCACAAAGGGAAAACCGGCCGAUAUCGUCAUUAACCCGCGCGCGACGACGGAGAGCCAUUUCCAGCCCGCGAUUCAGAGCGCACCCCCGGUCUCGCGCUCGGGCUCCGAUGCGGGCAUGGCCAGGCUUUCGUCGAUGGCCCUUCCGAGCUUGCCCCCUGUCCUGCAGCCAGGGCAGGCUGCCAAACGAUACUCGAAUGGGCAGGUGCCGCCGACGCCAACCAGGCUCGGGGUCCCGCGACACUCUGUCGCUGGUGCUGGUGGGACGGGCAUCAGCGGCCGAUCACCUCCUACCGCGUCGAUCCCCAUCUCAUCGAAUCUCGUACCGCCGACGCCGGCGUCGCUGCACCACCCCGGCUACACUGGAGAGAAGUCCGCGUUCCUGGCGCCGUUUGAGAUGUUCUACGACGCGCUGUCGGACUCGAAGCACCUCAAGGCGUGGCUGAGCGAGCAGCUGCAGAAGUCGAGUGCGCUGAUUGCUAACCUGCAGCGUCAGCAGGCGCACAUCGAAGACACGGUGAACAGCAUCGUCGAGAAGAAGAUGUCUACCAUGCGCGAAGAAGUCUACGGUUUGCGCGUGCGCGUCGACGAGCUCGAGACGGUGCUACGCAUGUCGAAGGUGCAGGGAUACAGCCCGAAUAUGGCAACAAAGCACAAGGGCAAGCCAAACGGGUACCAGGUCGCAAGCCCCACAGUAGCGCCGAUAGCACCCGAAAGCUACACCUUCCCGCCCGUCGAGUCCAGCAUUCGCAGGCCAGAGCCCGUCCGCAGAGUGUCCUCUCCUGGCAGCGAAGGACAGAGCUUCCCUAACUCGCAGGCUGCGUCUCCCGUCCCGUUCGACGCUAACCGCAGACUGUCCGUCUCCGCGACGCGGCUCGACCCACAUCCGCUUCCGCCCGUCACACGCGCGUCGGUCUCGUACCUGCCCUCGCGCGAGCUCCCGCCGCACAACUUCCCGCCGCCGCCGCUGCAGCAGCAGCAUCAGCAUCAGCAGCACGCAGCGGGCCCGAAGGGCAGUUGGUCGCCGCUGAGUACCAAGACGACGCUGCCGACGUCCUCGACGCGCAGCUCGCUCAGCCACACGACGCUCGGCGCCCCCGGCUCGCUAGCGCUGCCCGAGCGACCGAGCCUUACGCGACGGUCGUCGGGCGAGCGCCAGGGACGCAUGCAUCCGCCUGAGAAGCGUCGGGCGAGCCGAUCGCCCGGGGCAGAUGAGGAGGGACGCGCCGAGCGUGGGCCGCCGUCGCACUUGUUGGGGCAGCGGAGGGGAAGCGUCCCGAGCGUGCUCCUGUCAGGAGAGCGCGGCCGUCCCAGGUCGCCCAUGGACGAGUCCUGAGCGUCCAUGGCUUUCCCGCCCCCCGCUCUUCCGUGUGAACCAAAGCUGCGAAUAUCACGAUGGUCACGAAUUAUCCACGCUCGAGGCUUUCUCUUCUCUUUCACAACUGGUUGUAUCAUAGUGGUCCAUGUCGCGUCACCCCCUCAAGCACCUGGACUCCUUUCUUGAUUCUCUGUACAUGGCUUUUCGUCUCUUCGCCUCAUGCUUACACCUUUUCAUAUCAAUUUUUCUUCCAGUACAUGGUACCUCGCGUGCCCCACUUCGAGAACCUUCGUGCGCUUGUCUACUUCUGUCGUGACUCAUGGAACGGCAAUGCAGUUUAGCUGGUAUCGUUGGAUGGCCGUCGACAAUCUCAAUCUCCUUCACUUUCGUGUACCCACAGCACUGUAUGACUAUG